GUUCCAUUAGUGCAGAAAUAGGUGGCACCUAAGAUAUCAUUAUUAUACUUAAGACUAUACCAAUUUGGGUUUCAUUUUAUUUUAAUAAUAAUCAAUUGGUUGACAUUAGAGAUGCCGUAUUACCAUUAUUAGUAGUACAAGUGCACCACCAAACAUUAACAAUUGAAAGAAAGAUGGAAAAGAUGAACCCAACAUGUAAAAAUCUUGGCUCACUGAUUAAUAUCCGGAGUGCUUCACAUGAUUGGCAACCACCGCCACUGCCGUUGAAUCUGCCUCGUUCAGAUCUACUUGUAGGAAGAGAAGACUACAAUGAAAUUUUGGUUCCCUCAUAUAAAGCAACAAUAACGGGAGAUUGGAAAGCUGCGAAAAUCAUCCUAGACAAGCGCCCAGAGCUCGUAAGGUUUAGCAUCACCGAAACUUGUGAAACGGUACUUCAUAUUGCGGUAUUGGGAAAAUCGUAUUGGUUUGUAGAGUAUUUGGUGAGUUUGAUGGAAAAAGAGGACCUAGAACUACAAAAUGUGAAUGGUCAAACUGCACUUUGUUUAGCAGCUAUGGCUGGAAAUGUUAAGAUAGCUAAGACUCUGGUUAAAAAGAACCAUGCCUUGUUGGAUAUCCCUGACAGUAACGGAAUGUUGCCACUCAACAUGGCGUCAUUAUAUGGAAAGCAUGAUAUGGUGAAGUAUCUAUAUCAAAAUUCUCAUAAAAUGACUGGUGAUUUCUGGACGCAUCAGAGUCGAGUUUGUAUGCUUGUGACUUCUGUGGAGUCAAAUCUAUUUGAUGUUGCAUUACAAAUUGUGACUGAUUGCCCAGAACUUGCUAUAAAUGGGAGUGUACUUGGACUAUUAGCCCGGAAACCUUAUGCAUUUGAUGCUAUACCAACAAACCGUGUAUGGGGAAUCAUAUGUUCAUUUUGUGCAGCAUGUCAUCUAAUAGAUGGAAUUCCAGACAUGGAAAGUCAUGCCCUGCAGUUACUACGAAUCAUUUGGGCAGAGAUUGUGAAAUUGCCCAAGGCUCAAAUUGAUGACAUAAUAAGAGGGUCGCCUGAUCAAACAACAGGGGAUGAAAAGCAAACGCGUUCUGAAAAGGAACAACAAGAAACACUGCUACUGCUAAGAACGAUUUCAGACAACAUUGCGAGAAUGCCUACCAAAAUUUUCAACCUAUUUAAAGGACCCCCUGAUGAAAAGGCAGCAACAUGGAAAGAUACAAAGCCAAAAUACUCUUCUCGAGUAUUAUUUCUAGCUGCAGAAAUGGGGAACACUGCAUUCGUAGCUGAGGUUAUUCGGCAAUAUCCACAUCUAGUACGGGAGGUAAACGAUAAUAACCAAAGUAUAUUUCACAUUGCCGUCUCACACCGUCAUGAGGGUAUCUUCAAUCUGUUAUAUGACAUAGGAUCACUCAGGAAUUUGAUAAUUACUCUCGAAGAUAAAAAUGGCAACAAUAUGUUGCAUUUAGCUGGGGAGAGUGCAAAAAUAAAUAGACUACAGAACAUUCCAGGAGUGGGUCUGCAAUUGCAUCUAGAAACAUUAUGGUUCAAGGAAGUGGAAGCCAUGCUUCCUCCUCCUUUCCGAGAAAAGAAGAACGCAGCUGGUCUAACACCUCAUGAAGUAUUCACAAAGAACCAUAAAGAACUAUUUUCAAAAGGGGAGGAGUGGAUGAAAGAAACAGCUGCUCAAUUGAUGGUGGUUGCAUCACUAAUAGCUACCAUCACAUUUGCAGCAGCAUUUACAUUUCCGGGUGGAUAUGACCAGGUAACUGGUAUGCCUAUCUUUCUCAGAAAAGAGCUUUCCAAAAUUUUUAUAAUAUUUGAUGGUUUAUCAUUUAUAACUGCUACAACUUCCAUUCUUAUGGUCUUGUCUAUCCUUGGGUCUGAUUACACAGAACAUGAUUUCAUGAUCUCCUUACCCCAACAGCUGAUGUUAUGUCUAGCAUCACUUUUCAUAUCUAUAGCAACCAUGAUCCUCACUUUCAUUAUCAACUUUUUACUACUUUAUCAAAAGACAUCUAAAUGGAUACCAAUUUUUCUCAGCUCUUUUGCUGUUGUCACGUACAUGAUAUUUGGUAGCCCAAAGUUUCCUCUUGUAGGUCGCUUUCUAUAUGGUUCUCGUUUUCUUUUCCAAAGGGAGAGAAGAAUGCUUAAGAAACCUAUUUUUUAGCUGUGAUUAUUUCAUUUGAUUUAUCAUGUAUUGUUGUAAAUUAAUAUAUAUUUCACAAACAUAUUGUUUGGUGCUUGACAGUGAAUUCAAAAGAUUAACAAAUGUUCUAACAUCUUACAAAUGAUA